AAAAGAAGUGAGAGAAGGUCUGAAAUACUCCAUUUCCUCAUCCUUUCACGCACCAAGAACAAAGGAGGAAGAAGGAGGGGAAAAGAGAAGAGGAAAAGUUGGUUUUGGAGAGGAAAACUGGUGUUUAGCAAGGUAUUCAAGGAACUUUCACGGAGUUGAAAGAGUCACCGGAGUUCGUUGAAGUUCGCCGGAGUUUCACGGGAGCAAAAUCGGGAAGGCUAGAACUUCAUAAGCUUCAUUAAGGUUGAGGCUAGAGUCCUACUACCUGCACCUUUGCCUAGGGUGAUUGAUCGAGAAGGAAGACGUGGUUCGUGCUUCCAUUCUUAUUUCAAAUGUAUAAACCGCUCAUGGAUUUUUGAACAACGUUUUCAUUAAAACAGUUGGGGCCUGCGUGCCCGUGUUUGCCACGUGUGGCUAAGUAUCAAACAUUUUAUUAUUUCUGCAUUUGUUUGAUUUUGAUAUUGAUGUUGAUUGUAUGUGUUUACUAAUCGGUUUGGCAAUAGAAUCAAUCGGACGCCUUGUACAACUCAAUAGGGAUGAACUGUUGUUGUUCUUAUCGGGUUGUACGGCGGUUGUCUACGUGGCUCGGAUGCGGUCCGGGGCGUGACAAUUACGUGGUAUCAGAGCCAUCGAUUUCUAAACUAUAUAAUUAACCUCUCAAUAUGGUUAUCCUCAAAAAGUUUUGAAUAAAACCAUGAGCAACAGUUUUUGUACUUAAGGAACCGUUGGAAACCAAGUUAUUGACCUCUUAUUGUUAAGACGGUACCCUUAACAGUUUGUUGGCCAUAAUGUUGGACCAAGUGGUGUCUUUCGUACUACUCCGUCAAUUGACAUUGAAACGAGUCUAAUGACUCAUUCCUUACUUCUUUCAGAAAUGGAGGGUGGACGCAGGAUAACUAGGAGGAACCCGACAGGGCAUGUGCCGGGGGCCACCGGGCAUGCCACUUGGGCGGAAUCACGGACCUCUAGGGGUAGAGGCCGGGACCAAAGCCUAGGAGGAGGCCGAGGCAGGGGUCGUGGGCGUUCUACCACGCCGACGACAAGUAGCACACGCGUCGGUUCCGUGCACCCGUCAUGGGCCACCGAACCAGACGACUUCACCUAUGCUCCAAGCACGGAGAAAGAGGAGACCCCGUACAACGGGGAGGACUUUGAGGAAGAAGAUGAGGAUGAUGAUCCUCAUUAUGACCGUAUGAGUGAGGUACUAGAGUGGUACCUCGAGAAUAAAGCAAAGAGAGAGCAGCGGCGCCAAGCUAGGCAGGCUAGGCAAACCAUGGGGCAGGUAAGCCGAGGUGCUUCUAGUGCUCCAUCUGGAGCAUUUGAGGGAGACACGAUGGUGCGUAUCUCCAAAUAUCUCAAGGAGGCCAGGGCCUUGGGGUGCAAAUCAUUUGAUGGCAAGGGCGACAUAUCCGAGGCCGCUGACUGGAUUAAGAAGCUGAAUGAUGCUUCUAGGGAUAUGCAAAUUGGACUCGACGUGAAGUUGAGGGUUGCCACCAGGCUACUAGAAGGGGUAGCUGCUCUAUGGUGGGAUGGCGUGGAAGGAAAGUUCCACGGUGAGGCCACUUGGGAGAAGUUCGAAGUGGAGUUCUAUAAUCAGUACUACUCAACUUUUGAAGUCAAUCUCAAAAGAAGAGAGUACACAAACCUGAAACAGGAGGAUGGUUGCUCGGUGAGGCAAUUGGAACAAAGGUUCCGUGACUUGGCUCGAUUCAUCCCAGAAUACUCUUUGGAUGAAAAUCGUAUGGCCAAUCAUUUUUGGGAUGCUCUACAGUUGGAUAUCCGUGACCGGGCUACUUACCAUCACAACAUGACAUUUAGCCAGAUUGUCGAUCAGGGGCUCCUUGGGGAAGCCCAAUGGGACGAGAGGAAGUUGAGGGACGCCGAGGAGGCGAAGAAGAGAAGAUGGGGAAACUCGGGACCCCAAGACCACUCCCGAAAGCAUCACGCUGGGGGUGGCAAUUCAUUCAGGGCGCCGGCACCACCGACAAAAAGGAACAAGGGUUCAGGAGGGCAAGGGCCCAAACCGGGGGGUGUGGGACCACCCAGGUGCGCAAACUGCGGUAAGAACCAUGGGGGAAGGUGCAAUGAACCACCCCGGUGCUUCAAAUGCGGUAGCACGAGCCACCUCAAAUCCUCUUGUCCAAUGCUGAACGGGGGAGGACCAUCGGGAGCCAUGGGAAGACCUACGACUAGUAGGGGACGUGCGGGGCCGUCUCAGGCCGGCACGGGAAGGAGCGGACCCACGGCUAGCAACGCCGCGUCCGUUAAUCAAGGGAGGACCCAAACACGGGUGUAUGCAAUGACCGAGGCUGAUGCUCGGGCCAACCCGGACUCCAUUGCAGGUUGAGGCUAGAGUCCUACUACCUGCACCUUUGCCUAGGGUGAUUGAUCGAGAAGGAAGACGUGGUUCGUGCUUCCAUUCUUAUUUCAAAUGUAUAAACCGCUCAUGGAUUUUUGAACAAUGUUUUCAUUAAAACGGUUGGGGCCUGCGUGCCCGUGUUUGCCACGUGUGGCUAAGUAUCAAACAUUUUAUUAUUUCCGCAUUUGUUUGAUUUUGAUAUUGAUGUUGAUUGUAUGUGUUUACUAAUCGGUUUGGCAAUAGAAUCAAUCGGACGCCUUGUACAACUCAAUAGGGAUGAACUGUUGUUGUUCUUAUUGGGUUGUACGGCGGUUGUCUACGUGGCUCGGAUGCGGUCCGGGGCGUGACAAUGCACCUGUUAGGCGACUUGAGGGAUGGGGAGAAGAGACUGAGAGGAGAGGGAGGGGAAGACCCAAACAGACUUGAAUUAGAUGAAUCAGAACUGAUAUGCAUCUAUUUGGCUUGGAUGAGAUUAUGAUUUUGGAGAGAGCAAAGUGGAGGACACACAUUCGUCAUGUUCGACCCGGUAUUUCUACUGGAUUUUAUUACUACAUUGGCACUUGUACACUUGCAAGUUUAAGCCGAUCAGUAUUAGAAACUAUCAGAACGUCUUCAAGGUGAUGGAGUAUAUGUCCCAGGGACCCCCGGUCCACAUACUUCCUCUACUACAAUCAGGCCCAAUAGGCCCAAACGAGCCAAACCCAGCAAAAUGGAGCUCUAAGCAGCCCACAAUACGCUGGGUUGGAACAGACGACUGUCGACCUGUGCCUUCAGCUCCAACAUAAUGCCCCCGAUGCCCGCCUUGGCAUCGAGGCCAAAAAGAAGGACCGGAGCGAAAACCAAAUGAGCCCUCCGGUUCUCACCAUUGACGUACAAUCAGCAUUCUCCGCCUUCAUCCAGACUCUCA